AUGCAUGAAGACAUCAGGGUAUUGAAAUCAAGGGUCACAAGACGAAUAGAUCGUUUCAGGUUCAUAUCGUAUUCUGAAGUGGAAUUACAGUGUCGAUCAGAGGACAAUACGAAUUUCCCACAUAUGACAGCUGCAUAUCUUUUGGGUGACACCCUUGUCGGGGCCUUCACAGCGCCUUCGGCCGGCACAAAAUCGGCAAUCUGCUUCUUUUCGAUGCAACGUCUAAAGCUGACCUUCUGGUAUAACAUCGAUCGCUGUCGUGGUGGGACCGACUCCAUCGGUCUCCCACAUAUCGGGAGAGAUGCCAAAUGCAUUAACAAAUCCCGAAUUCCUUUGGACGAGGAGACGUGUGAACUGGGAGUGGGGGGUUCGAUUGAAGCUGUGGAAAUCGCUGUCGCUGAAGUCGAUGUGAAGAUCACCUCGCUGAGUGGUGUCCCAGAUCCACGAAUUCUGCUCGCUGGCACUGAUGAUGGACAGAUUCUUCAGUUCAAAUCGAAAUCACCGGCUCAACUGGAAGAGUACGAUCGGAGGAACGUUGGUGAUGGUCGAAUGGGUUUCAACGUUCAACAACUCGACGUACGACAAGUCAACGUUUUUGCCAUCCUUCCCAAAGGAAUCGUUUCACUGCCUAUCUCGUCCUGCCAUACGAUUACAUCCUGCCAAGAAUGUGUGACUUCACCUGAUCCGAUGUGCCAAUGGUGUCCUGCUGCUGGGAAGUGUAUGACUUCGAUGCAUUGUCCUUCGUCAGCUGCUAGUGUAUGUCCAGUCCGGAAUGGCCCACCAUCACCAGCUUCGUUGUCUAUCGAUGAUCUCAACAGGAAUAUCUCCCUGCCAAUUAAACAUCUGCCUCAACCUCAUGGUUUUUCGUACGUCUGCUUAUUCGGCACUUCGUCGAGUGUGGCUACAUGGACAGAGAUCGGAGUUUCCUGUGCGCUUCCUUCGCUACGUUCAUCGACAGACCUGCCAUCGUCACUGACAGAACUACUAGCUCUCAGCACAUCUACCAGUUCCUACCGUAUAGUCGAGUACAAUUUUACUCUGUACAACUGUGGAGCUUUUAUGACGUGUUCGUCAUGCAGUGCAUCUGAGACUGGUUGUGAUUGGUGUAUCGAAUCGCAUAAAUGCGUCUCGAGUGGAAAAUGUAACAUGGACAGAGCCACUGAGUGUGUACAUAUCAAGCGGUCAUCACAACUUAUGAUACCUAAAGGGAAUUCUCAGGAAAUCUCAUUUGGUGUUGCUCAUUUGGAUCGUUUGCCUAAAAAGGAGAGCUAUUCUUGUCGAGUGGUCCUGAACGGCACUACAGUACAUGCUAAAGCCAAACUAUCUGAGACAUCGGUGAAGUGCGAGGCGAUGAAGUUGAACUACCUCGAUGCGUUGCCUAAUGUUACGGCUCCUCUCGAGUUCAUGCAAGGAACGGAUGUCAUCGACAGCACGGAAGUACUCAUCUACUCGUGCUCCCUGUUGGCUGCUGACUGCUCCUCAUGUGUAUACGCCUCGGCCACGUGGGGAUGUUCGUGGUGCAGUGGUCGAUGCUCACAUGACUGUCCUCAGCCUCCUCAGGACGUCAUCUGUGAUCGACCACAGAUCGUCUCGUUCACCCCUAGCAGUGGACCGGUCGAAGGUGGCACACAGAUGACGAUCACCGGCAGAGACUUAGGUUCGACGAUCGAGGAAGUGAAGGACCGGGUGUUUGUGGCCGGUAGUCGAUGUCCUGUCAUCCACUAUGAGAUCUCGAAGAAAAUCAUCUGUCGGUUGGAAAAGGGAAUCUCAUCUGGUCCUGUACGAGUUACUGUAGGAAAAACAGGUUCGAGAACGGCUGAAUCAACCCUGCUCUAUUCAUUUGUUGAGACCAAUGUCUUUUCGGCAUAUCCACCUUUCGCUCCUGUCUCAGGAGGGACCAAGGUAUUCCUCUUGCACCAUAAAUGA